AUGUCAUUUGCGAUAACCAGUGCAGCGGGCCUUGCGCGACUUUCACCAGCACCGCGACGCGCCUCAUCUACUGGCUUCUUUCUGCUUGCCCUCUCCGCAUCGCCUUUGGUAACACCUGCCUCGACCAGCCGCAGUCCCAGCGUCCCUUUGCAGCGAAUGCCUCCCCACGCACACCCUACCUGUCCCUUGAAUCGAAACACCUCCCCGGCCACAGUCGGCUUACGAUCAUUUCAUUCUUCCUCGCACAAUUGGCGGAGUAUGCCACAAUAUACCUACCAUGUAGCUGCCUCCUACUCGGCCAAGCAAGACAACUUUGACGCAGAACAAAAUCUGUUCACGCGCCCGCUCUACGACCCGAGGAAAAGCAAGAUUGAGGAUCUGCGCGAGUGCAAAGAGGCCAUCGACAAGCGGAAGCGAGCAAAGAGUGGACAGGACGCCUUCUUCUUCAGCCAGGUGGGAACCACCGAUACCACGACAUUUGGAGUUGCAGACGGAGUCGGUGGUUGGGUCGAGUCUGGCUUGGAUCCCGCAGACUUCUCCCAUGGAUUGUGCGAGUACAUGGCCUGCGCAGCGCGCUCAUGGCCACACGGAUUCAACACGACGUCGUUACACCCGAAGGACCUGCUUCAGGUUGCGUACGACGAAGUUACCGAUGACGCCAGCAUUGAAGGUGGCGGCAGCACCGCAUGCCUGGCGGUCGCAGAACCAGACGGCCAUGUCGAAGUCGCCAACCUGGGCGACUCAGGAUUCAUGCAUCUGGGUCUAAACGCUGUGCGACAUUUCACACAGCCCCAAACGCAUGCCUUCAACACUCCCUAUCAGCUCUCCAAAACGCCUCAACGCAUGCUGGUGCAGAUGGCUGUGUUCGGUGGUCCAACCACACUUUCGGAUCUACCAAAGGAGUCGAGUGUAACGCACCAUAAAGUACGGCAUGGAGACGUCCUCGUCUUUGCAACCGAUGGUGUGUGGGAUAAUCUUAGCCCGCAGGAUGUGCUAGGUAUUGUCAGCCGUCAAAUGGUGGACCUAGGUGCUUGGGUUGAGAGAGAUGGCACAAUUGUAGUUGGAAGAAAUCUAGCAAAGCUGGUCCAGGCCGACUCAACUCGCAAGGCCGACAGUUCUUCGCUCCAAGCAAAGGUCGCAGUUGCAAUUGCAAAGGAGGCCAAAGUGACGGGACUCAAUACUCGUCGGGAUGGGCCUUUUGCCAGAGAGGUACAACGAUACUACCCUGGCGAGAACUGGCAUGGCGGCAAACCGGAUGACAUUGCUGCCGUGGUGGCCGUUGUGCUCGAGGAGGCAUCUCCACGAGCCAAGCUGUGA